AUGCCGCUCAGUGCAAUCAUCAAAGCCGAACCGUGGCGUCUUUCUUGCACGGGUGCGACGCCCAAGCAAAACCACAACAACUUUCAUCUCUCGCGCGUGCCACCGGCGCCGCCGUCCCAUGUGCGCACGUCGCAGGCGAUGCAGGCCGGUCGCCCGUACACGCUCUACUCGCUCACCGUCACGUGCCCGCUCACGCACCUGCAAUGGACGACGCACAAGCGGUACCACGACUUUGUGGUGUUUCGCGAGCAGCUUCGCGCGUUCACAGCCUUCUCCAACACCAUCAUGGUGCCCGUCGUCGAGAAGCUCUUGCGGAUCAAGUUGCCGAAGAAGCAGUGGUUCCAGCGCAAGGCCCAAAGCGUCUCGGAGCGCGCGGCGCACCUGAAUGUCUUCUUGUGGAGCCUCAUGGAGAUGCGCACGGAAAUGUGCGUCUACCGGCACAAGCACCAGCUGCAAUGGCCACUCUUUGACCGCCUCCAAGCGUGCAUGGAGGCGUUCCUUGAAAUCCCCGACUGCCUCUGCGACAUGGAGCUCCGCGAAGCGCAGCAUGGAGGCGGCGACGACGACGACUGCGUCAUUUGCACCAAUGGCCUUCACGCGUCGCCGUCGGUCGAGCUGCCCUGUGGCCACGCUUUCCAUGCCGAGUGCAUUUUCGAUUGGUUUUCCCAACAGCCCACGUGCCCCCUCUGUCGCUCGGUCACCGACCGAGUCAUUGGGCUCUACGCGCCGCAGUCCAUCGCAACCAACGAAGUCUCGUUGUAG